AUGAGAAAGAAAGAUUAUUGGUUAAAAAAUUUACCUAAUCGCAAACUCCUCAAAUGUCAGCAACGUCAACAAAGCAAUUUAAGUCAAGACACAAGUACUGAGAGAUCUUUUCCUUCAAUAGAGGAAAUUAAAAAGUAUUCUCCUGAGCAACUUGUUAGUUUCUUAGAGUCUGGAAAUUUAUAUCUUAAUAAUGAUAAUAUCGAAAUAAUCAAGAAAAAUGAGAUCGCUGGUAAAGAUUUUCUUCUCUUGAAAGAAGAUGAUCUCUAUCGAAUUGGAUUAUCUAUUGGCCCAGCCAAAAGAAUAACAGAGUUAAUUAAGGAAGUUUCGAGAACAUCUAUAAUGGAUAGGCCAUUUACUAACCAUGUACACAUAUUUAUUGAUAAUUCGAACAUCUGGAUUGAGGGAAAGUACACCGUUGGAAACCUCGAGCAGUUAGGUACCUACGACUUUGACAGAAAUUCUUAUUACUUUAGACAACUCCAGAUCGACCAUGGUAGACUUCUCAACACAGUUCAAUGCGGACGUAAACUAGGUGGUGCACCAUUCUUGGUCGGUUCUCGUCCACCUCCUAACGAUUCAUUGUGGGCUCGCAUCAGGGAUCAAGGUUUCAAGGUGGAUAUCUUUGAUCAGGACAUCAGAAGCCACCGUGAAAAGGAAGUCGACACACAACUUAUAAUGACAGCAACGGAAGUAGUUACUUCACAUGAUCCUGGUGUUUUAGUUUUGAUUGCUGGUGACAGGGAUUAUAGACCUGUAGUAAAACUAGCACUGCAACGCAAUUGGCUUGUGGAGACAUGGUUUUGGAGUUCAGGAAUUUCCAGUUUUCUCAAGCCAGAUACGAUUUUUCGAUCUUUGGAUAAUUGUUAUUGUAACUUUGCAUAUGGAUUAGGUCCCGAUAUUACUGAGAAAUACCACACUCUCGAGGUUACUGAUGGUAACGUUAUUCAAAGCUUGAAAAACGAAGAUAUACUGGAAUGGUUUAAUAAUUUAAACUUGUUCGGUUGGUGGGAUUGGGAAGGUUAUAAAUUGCGAUUUUAUUUUUAUAAUUCGAAUUACUUGGAGAUGGUAAAAAAUUGGAUCAUGAACAAUUAUCAAGUGCGGAUUAAGGAAAAAAUUAGAAGUGCGGAUUGA